CUGCCUAUCAUUGCAAGAGUUUCAGCCAACACAGAAAACUCCUCCUCAGAGCUCUCCCUGCUUUCUGCAGGGGCCAAGGGCUGGAGAGGAAGAGAGAAUUACCAAACAGUUUGUGUUGGAACUUUGGAAGCUCUUGCUAGCCUCUCAUUUUAAGCUCCAUUUAUCACGAUGGCUGGCUUUUCUCUGCAGCAUCCCUGGGCAUUCGCCUUCGGCCUUCUAGGCAACAUCAUCUCCUUCAUGACCUUCCUGGCCCCAAUCCCGACAUUCUACCGCAUCUACAAGAGCAAGUCGACCGAGGGUUUCCAGUCGGUUCCCUACGUGGUGGCGCUGUUCAGCGCGAUGCUGUGGAUCUUCUACGCGCUGAUCAAGUCCAACGAGCUCCUCCUCAUCACCAUCAACGCAGCCGGCAUCGUUAUUGAGAGUAUCUACAUAGUCAUGUACUUCGUCUACGCAGACAAGAAAGCUAAGUGGUUCACUGCAAAGAUCAUGCUUGGCCUCAACGUCGGCUUCUUCGGGGCCAUCAUCCUCGUUACCCUGCUCCUCUUCAAGGGCGACAAGCGCAUUGUCACGCUGGGCUGGAUCUGCGUCGGCUUCUCCGUCAGCGUCUUCGUCGCGCCGCUCAGCAUCAUCAAGCGCGUGAUUCAGACGAGGAGCGUGGAGUACAUGCCCUUCUCCCUCUCGCUCUCGCUCACCCUCAGUGCCGUCGUCUGGUUCCUCUACGGCCUCCUCAUCAAGGACAAAUACGUCGCGCUUCCAAACGUCCUUGGGUUCACCUUCGGCGUUGUCCAGAUGGGGCUCUACAUGUUCUACAUGAAUAAGACGCCUUUGGUCCCCGAGGGUAAGGUGGCUGGGAAGCUGCCGGCGGGAGCAGAGGAGCACGUCGUCAACGUGCACCCUGCCACAGAGAUGGCGGUGCCCAGGAGCUGCAAGGCCGAGGCGAUGAGCCACCACAGCCCAGCCGUCAACAUGGUCUAGACGCGGGCAUGCAUGUCCCAACAAGCAUGCGUCGAGUCAACUCCAAGUACACGAGCUGUUAACUGGGGCCUAUUACCUCACGCGCCAAUAUGCACGCCAUACACCCUUUUAUCCUUCAGUUUACUAUGGUGCAAAAAUUGCAGCUAUAGCUACAUACUUUCAUGUAACCAGGAAUUUCAUUCCCCUCAAAGAAUAAUAAUCCAUAAGAAUUCUAUCUCUA